AUGGUGUUUUUAUAUGGUGAAAUUUUGGCCUUCUGUGAUAUUCUGCCAAUCGAGGUUGAUAACCUAUCUAGAAUUACAACUACACGAUGUUGUUCUCUGCUCGGGGGAUUAAGCAAUAUUUCCCCUAGUUUAUUUUCCACAUCACAUGAGCUGACAUGCAGCAAUUUCUUUUCUUAGCAACAACGCACCUUCAUUCAGAUGAGGACUGUUCUGAAGGUUGUGGAUAACUCCGGGGCUAAGAAGGUGAUGUGCAUACAAGCAUUGAAAGGGAAGAAAGGGGCAAGAUUAGGUGACACAAUAAUAGCAUCUGUGAAGGAAGCACCUCCUAAUGGAAAAGUGAGGAAAGGGAAGGUUGCAUAUGGGGUAGUUGUGCUUGCAGCAAUGCAAAGGGGGCGUUGUGAUGGCAGUGAGGUCAAGUUUGAUGAUAAUGUUGUGGUGCUUGUUGACAAGCAAGGCCAACCUAUUGGAACAAGAGUUUUUGGACCAGUGCCUCGUGAACUGAGACAAAAGAAGCAUGUCAAGAUUCUUACCUUGGCAGGACAUAUUGCAUAA